ACUGUGGAUCAUGGCAAGUGAAGACACUGAAAACAUUAUAAAUAAUGACUUGUCCAGUGCCUCGAUGGACGAUCAACAAGUACGGACAGACCGUGCACAACUCAAUUCUGUGUUUGAUGUUGCUAAUGUUUUUGGACACUUCGCAGAAGAGACGGCAAACAUCUACAGCCAAGCAGAGCUUGAUCAACACAUCAGAGACGCACAGAGAAGGGUCCAAUGGGAGAACAACUACCAGGAGGCAGCGAUAUUCCUUCAAGAAGGCCAGGAUAAUGACAAGUUUAAUACCCAUCCCAAGAAUCAGAAUGCUCUUCCAGCGUAUUUCAUAGCACACAAUAAAAUCUUCUAUGCCAUGGACUUCAUUGCUGCAGUGAUGCUAUUAUGUCUGGCCCUAUUUGAAAAGCCUGCAGUUUUCACUGUGCCCGUUGCUGUGCAUUCCUCACUGGAGAUUUUUGGGCUGCUCAUUGUUAGUAUAGAAUUGGUGCUAAAGUUGCGAUGGCUUGGAUUCAGGACGUUUGUGAAGCAUGUCAGGACAAUGAUCAAGGUUUCAGUGCUCAUAAUCAUGCUUGUUGAAGCCCUUGUUGUGUUGGCCCGUCAGACGAACCACUUCCGUGUGACCCGUGCUCUCAGGCCUAUCUUUCUUCUCGACUCAUACUUCUGUCGUGGAGUUAGACGAUUUGUGCGACAGCUGAUCCAGUCUCUUCUUCCCAUCCUAGAUAUGUUGGUGCUACUUCUCUUCUUCAUGCUCAUCUUCUCCAUAUUAGGGUUUUAUAUCUUUAGUCGAGUCCCUGGAGACACAUACUUCAGUACAAUCCAGGACAGCUUUGUUAGUCUGUUUGUGCUGGUUACCACCGCUAACUAUCCAGAUGUGAUGAUGCCAGCAUAUGCAAACAACAAAGCCUCUGCAAUUUUCUUCGUUGUCUAUCUGUCUGUGGAGUUAUACUUCCUGAUGAAUUUGUUACUUGCUGUUGUGUAUGAUAUUUUUACAAGGACGGAGAAGAACAAAUUAAAAAAACUAUUUCUACAUCAGAGGCUUGCCUGUCGGCAUGCCUUUAGGCUACUAGUCAGUAAACAGAACCAAAAUGAAAUUACACUUAAACACUUCAUGGGACUGAUGAAGUAUUACAGAGCUGCCAAAAGUCGUCGGGAUGUUUACCUUGUCUUCAAGUCAAUUAACAAAAGCAAUAGUGGUUUGCUCACACUAGAGGAAUUUUAUCAAAUCUAUGAAGUGUGUGGUUUGAAUUGGUCUCCGAAAAAGACAAAUGAAGUUUGGUCGUCCCACUUCUACUUUCCAUUUAAUAGGGUUUUCUAUGCAAUUUAUUGGUUGGUGACACGAAAGGCAUUUGACGUUCUUAUCUAUAUUAUAAUUGGAAUCAACUUUGCUUGUCAUUUGUGGGAAACCGUUGAGAUAUCAGAUUUUCCUGAGAUAACAAUGGCAGACUACACGUUCACAUGGUAUGCUAUACUGUUUCUCUGCUUGUACAGCUUGGAAGCAGUCCUCAAAAUACUGGGUUUGGGACCAUGGAAAUAUUUCACCUCAGGUUGGAACAUCUUUGACUUCCUAGUUACAGCUCUGGCCGUCAUUGGUAUGAUCGUCGCCAAAACAGAUCAAGGCUUCUACUUCAUUAUUACGCUACGUCCGUUCCGUCUGCUACGGAUAUUCAAGCUGAAGCAGCGAUUCCGCGAUGUCCUUGGUACUUUCUUCAUCCUGAUGUCGCGAAUGGUCAGUUUAGCAGUCUCAAUAAUCCUGAUCUAUUAUUUCUUCGGCAUCAUUGGAAUUGAGCUUUUCUCCGGGUACGACAUGAAGAACUGCUGUGUCAACACCAGUGUUGAGAUGUACUAUGAAUACACCAACGCGUCCCAGGGUUAUUACUACCUCAAUAACUUUGCAAGUGUGUUGGACAGUGGUGUGACUUUGUUUGAGCUGACUGUAGUCAAUAACUGGUUCAUCAUCAUGGAAGGCUAUGCAGCUGUAGCAACAGGGUGGAGUAGGAUAUUCUUCAUGCUGUUCUAUAUUGUGAUGAUGGUUGUCAUGACUGUGAUAGUCGCAUUUAUCUUGGAGGCAUUCAUGUUCAGGAUGGAGUAUAUGAGACAGAUGAAGCUGGGAGACAUGGAUGACCACAGCCAUGUAAAGAUUGAGGUGCCAUUGUGCAGUGAAGAGGUGAUGAUGUGUCAUAAUAAAAACAUGAUCUUGCAUACAUCGUUGAUCAAAGAACCACCAGCAACAACAGCAGAUGAUCAGAAUCAGGAUGGCUUGACUUACCGAGGAUCCAGAAUGCGUAGCAAGUUUGACUUCAGCAUCAAAAUGUAUGGUGAUGAAGUUAAGGAAUGGUGUGAAGAAUUUAAUCUGGCUUGUCAACAACAGCAGGAAGAGGAAACGGAGAAUGAAAUGCAGGAAAUCGUUAAUGUGCCGAACAGUAUGAUUGACACGCCGGUGUAUGACCGAUCUCUCAUCCACAGUUGUCCAGCGACGGAUAUUUUAUUGUUUGAUGGUCUGGGUGAGGGCGGCAGGAGCAGUCAGUGAAACAUGGCUUGUUCAAGCUCAAACAUUCCGUCAAAUUUGUUUAUCCUAGGCGAUUUGGCUAGAAAUGCAGUGAAAUUCAUGCAUUAUGCUCACAGAUUUGGAGUUUUUGAGAUGUACUCUAGAUAGUCAGUGUAUUUUAGGUGUCGGCUGUCCCAGAGAGUUCCUACUUUCCUGUAAAAAUACUCUCAUGAAUGUGCUGUUUUUGAAUUAGAUGGAAAGCUUUACUUCAUCCUUUCCUUAUAACUACCUAUUAUAACUAUGUAUCCUUGCAUUUUGAAAAGUAGUGGUCUUCUCUAUUGUAAUUUAAUUUGUCUGUCUUAUUGGUAUUGAGCUUUAAAGAUGUACCAAAACACUUGUAUGAGUUCAUAUUUGAAUAGUUCAUUUUAUUAAUCUUGUCAUUGACAGUUACUGCAGCUUUUCUUAGUUAUUCAGGCCUUUAAACACUAUUUUACAAUAUUGAUCAGGUCAGUAAUACAGAUGUUGAAUUAUUUGUCCAAAAAAUAAAUCGAAGGUGUCUCUAUCUCAGUUCUAUUUCAAUUAACUUUUUCAUUUAAAUUAUUUGAGAAUUGAUUCACAUAUCAAUGAUGUGUUACUUGAAUUUGGAAUUUUUAAAAUGUUAAAAUGAAAUCCUAAAUAAAACAAUUGUGUAAAUGGCUUCCCUUUUAUUAAAUGUGUUCCAAUGUCUUUUAUAUUUAAAGUGAGAUUGAAAUUGUACAGGUACAAUAAAAAUGCUGGUAUCAGUGAUCAAA